AAUAAGAAUCAUUUUUUAGAAAAUUUUGACUCUCAUCGAAAUUGUGGACCCUUAAUCCUGAUUUCUGAAGAUAUAUACUCGCGUAUGAAUCAAAAUCUACUCCUGGGUUUCCUUCUAAAUUGGUGGUUUUGAUUUCAGUUUUGACAGAUGUUCAAUAAUCAUCGCACGGUAGAUUCUUCAGAAAAAUUUGAUGACUUCUUGGACUGUGAGGAUGCAAACGAAGUUUGUUUAAAGAGAAGGAAGGCAAAAGAUUGGAAGAAAGUGAAAUGCCAGCUUGUUGAAUACAAUUACUUGCCAGGGUAUUUGAGGGACAACGAGUACAUUCUGGGUUACUACCGAGCAGAAUGGCCUUUGAAGCAGAUCUUAUUCAGCUUAUUCUCCAUUCAUAAUGAGACUCUUAAUGUGUGGACGCAUUUGAUAGGGUUCUUCCUUUUUCUCUGUCUGACCAUAUACACAGCAAUGAGCGUCCCAGGGGUUGUGGAUUUAAAUGCCCUUCAACAAUUGCCUGACAUGCUCCGAGGAGCUGAUUUGCCCAAGAUUCAAGAACUCUUGAGUUGUCUUCCUUCCAUACCCAACAUACCUGACCAUCAUAGAUUAAAAGAUGUCUUCAAGAUGUCUUUGCCUUCAAUUGAUUUUCUCAAAUCACCCUCAGCAUGUGUAAAAGAUGACGUUAUGAAAAUGGUAGCGCCGGGAAUGGUUCAUGAAAUCACAAGAUGGCCCUUUUACACCUUCUUGGGUGGAGCCAUGUUCUGUUUGCUAGCCAGCAGUGUGUGCCAUCUCUUUUUUUGCCAUUCAGAGCGCCUUUCCUCAAUAAUGCUCAGACUUGACUAUGCUGGAAUUGCUGCUCUUAUCUCAACCUCCUUCUACCCCUCCAUCUACUACUCUUUCUUGUGCAAUCCUUUCUUCUGUAACCUUUAUCUGGGGUUCAUUACAGUGUCCGGUAUGGCCACCAUUAUCAUCUCUCUCCUUCCAGUUUUCCAGAAGCCCAAAUUUCGGAACUCCCGUGCUUCCCUCUUCUUCGGUAUGGGCUUUUCAGGGAUUGCACCAGUACUUCAUAAGCUAAUAUUGUUCCAGGGACAAGCAGAAGCCCUCCAAACCACUGGUUAUGAGAUAUUGAUGGGAAUGUUCUAUGGGCUUGGGGCCUUGAUUUAUGCGACAAGGAUUCCAGAGAGAUGGAAGCCAGGCAAAUUUGACAUUGCUGGGCAUAGUCACCAACUCUUUCACGUGUUGGUCGUGGCAGGGGCUUAUACACAUUACCGUGCCGGGCUAGUCUACCUCAGGUGGCGGGACUUGGAAGGUUGUAAUCAGUAAAGGGACAUAUGUGGAUACUUAAUAUUAUCAUGUUCAUAAUAUGUUGAGGAUAGACUUAUACUCGAUGAUUAACCGUUUUGCAUGAAAAUAAAAUGUAAAGUCGUAUGUUAUAAUUGAACCAA